AUGUCUUCCAAAACUCCCCUCGACGUCGUCUUCGGCUGUAUGACCUUUGGCCGCGAAGGCGAAGAACAAGUCCGUACUUCAAGUCUAGAUGACUGCGCAGCUAUCCUAGAUACUUUCCAGUCCUACGGCCAUAGCGAAGUCGACACCAGUCGUUUCUAUGGAGAUGGUUCAUCAGAAGAGUACCUCCAGAAGCUAGACUGGCAGAAAAGAGGCCUGACGAUGGACACAAAGUUCUUCCCUAAUGUUCCUGGUCUUUUUGGCCGUCCUCAAACACACUCCAGAUUAGAGGAUAUGCGCAAGAGCUUAGAUGAGAGUCUGGCUGCUCUUGGAGGAAAGCAGGUAGAUCUGUGGUAUCUCCAUGCACCUGAUCGUACAGUACCGCUUGAGGAGACGGCCAAAGCCGUCAACGAUCUGCUCAAAGAGGGGAAAUUCAAGAGAUGGGGCGUGAGUAACUUCAUGUCUUGGGAAGUGGCUGCACUCUGUGAAAUUUGCAAAGCAAACGGAUACCAAUUGCCUAGUGUAUACCAAGGCGUGUACAAUGCCCUCCACCGCAGUAUUGAACACGAACUUCUCCCUUGUUUGCGAAGAUACAACAUGUCCUUCUACGCGUUCAAUCCGCUAGCAGGCGGAUGGUUAACCUCGCGUUACAAGCGCGAUACGCAGGAUAGCACAAUCGAGUCUGGCAGUCGCUUCGAUCCAAACCGUAUGCAAGGAAAGAUGUACCGCGCGCGUUAUUGGAAUGACGAGUUCUUCACAGCCAUCGAGGGGUUGCGUACCGAGCUACCUAAUGGCCAAACAGAGAGCGAGACCGCGCUGAGGUGGAUGAUGCAUCAUAGCCAACUUAAGAAGGACUAUGGGGACAAGGUCAUCAUUGGAGCUAGCAGUAAGAAGCAACUGGAGAUGAAUCUCGUUGACUUUGAGAAGGGGCCAUUGGAUGAGAGCGUUGUGAAAGCAUUGGAUCAAGGUUGGGCUGGUACUCGUGGGGUGACUUGGAAAAUAGUCGACGAAAUGACAAAUCCCUACAACCAACCAACCAAAUGCGUGUCUACCACCACCAGCUGGUUCAACCCCAGUGGCACAGCACAUUACGUGCGUCCUAUUCUUCAGCCUGACAUCUACGUGGAGACAAAUAAUACUUUGGAAAGGAUCAUCGCAGGGAAUUCAGUUCGAGUAGCCAAACUCGAAUCCCUACUCAAGGAGAAGCGGGGACAGCACAGAGCUGAAGAAGCCGCAACCGCAGCUAAGGCAACUGAAGAAAAGCGCCAACGAGAAUUUGCUGCCGCGAUCCAACAACACCGAGAUGAAGAACUCUCAGCUAUAGAUAUGAGGCAGCGUACACGGUACGGAAACGCUAUGAGCCAUGAGGUAGCAGAAGAAGAAGAAGCUACCACCGCGUUACAGGCGAAAGAGGCCCAAGACUACCGCAACUCGUGCGACUGCAACUUCCAACGACCCGCAAACAGCAAUAAGGGAAACUUGACAGAAAACCAAGAGGAAGAGCGUAGGAAAAGGCGCAUAGAUAUCUCUUCACGGUCCGCUUCGCAGGCCGAUCACGAGGUGACGCUUGCGAACUGCCACUUGGAACUCGCGAAAUGGGAUCUGCAACGCAACGCUCAAAUGGACUCGGAAGCUACAUUCAACGCCUUCUUUUCUGUGCAAAACAAGCCACGUCGCACAGGAACCCAAUGGCGCGGUACUGGCAAAGUAAUCCGUCCGUAUAUCACCUCAUCUGGCCCAGGACAUGACACCUGUUGCGACUUCGAUCACUGCAAUGGGUUUUGUGCAGAUAUCGAGACUACUCGACACGAGUAA